AUGAAGCGCACGUUCGCUGACCACAGCGCGGCAGAUGAGGCGGCAGCUGAAGGGAAGAAGUCUCAACAGGACGCGGGCAUAGAUGAACGAGCAGGACGUGGUCGCCCGAAGGCUGCCGCCGCACAGAAGUCGGCCAAGCGGCUGCGCACGGUGUCUCUGCUCUCACUGGAGCCUUUCGCCUUCUUCGUGCGGGCGCCGCCAGUGGCCUAUGCCCAGCACUACUGUCAACUUGCGGACCACAUGGAGGGGCUUAUCAACGACGACUUUGCCGUCGGCGAGCGCCCCUUUGCUGCAGCUAUGCACUGCCCCGACGAUGGGGCGGGUCCUACUAUGGUGCCCUGGUUCGCCGCGGAGGGUGGGGCCACCUGGCUCGAUGGCGAUUCCAAGCUCUUCUUUCGUGAGCAGUGGAAGGACAUCGAGGCUGUCGUCAACGACGCGCACCAGACUCAAGACGGCUGGCGGAAGCUGACACUCGCGGACAAGAUACUGGGACUCUACGACACCGAAGCGUGGAAGAGUACCCAACACCAGGCACGCCUACACCCAGCGCUCAUAUGCAUGGCGGCACUUGAAUACCCCCACCUGCUUACGUUCGUGUGGCGCGUGGCCUGUGUGUCUGCGCAGACCGACUACAUGCCGUUUGAGCGGGAGGUGUGGUGGGUCAAAACGGCGCGGGGUUGGUUCUCGAGUGACAACAGCUCCUCCUACAAGGGUUAUUUGCGCAUUGCCACUUCUGCGCUCAUUCUCGAGCUCUGGUACCGCUUCGUGUGGGCGGGGCACACCUACCGUGUGUAUCGAGACAUCCAGCACCGAAGGAAGGAAGCCGCACACAGCGGGGACAGCCACGAGUCGGGGCCACACGACGAAUCCGAAGCGAUGGUCGAAGAAAAAGACACCAAAAACGAAUACGACAGCGAGGAAGUGGUCGAUUCUCAGACCUUGCACUCCAUGGCACAUGGCGACGACGACGGCGAAGACGACGAAGAAGAGGAGGGGACCAGGGCAAACGAAGAAAUCGACCUCGUUCCGGCUCGCAGACGCGCACGCACCCGCCGCGGUUCAGCAGAAGACUCGGCCCAUGGAACAGCCCCAGAUAGCAUGCACUCGGACGACAGCGAAAACGAAGACACUGACGAGGCCGAAGAGGUCAUGUCGGGCGAUGACACCAUUGACGGCGGACAAACGAUGGAGGCCAUCCCAUCGGUGGUGAGCGUCUUCUUCGGGCAUGCGGCCAUCGUCCGUGCGCUAGAUGUCGCGGAAAGCCACUAUUUCGAGCGACUGGAAGCCGCGGAGCGGAUGCAGACCGUCGCUACGCCAUCGGCCCCCACCUUCUCUCCCUUUGGGUCGCCUUCCCCUGCCGGCGGGAGCGUCUGGCAGUUCGAGGGAGUCAUGGAGGCGUUCGUGGAGCUGGUUGAGAGGAGGAACAGCGAUUACAAGAUGAUCGAUCAGCCAUCACGUGCAGACAUAGCGAGCGACCUCUGUAAAUUGUACAGAAAGCGGUUUGUCCCGUUCCUGCACAUGCUGGGCAUCGAAGUGGCCGGGACCUCGUCCGAGUCGACAUCUUCAACUCAUAGCGACCAGCUCUUCCGCUGGAGGUGGCGACAGGGCAUGCCCUCCAGGUUCAUUGAGCAGGUAUAUGUGACGUGCAUGCGGAACAUCACCUGCGACGGUACCCUUUCCUGCGGGCGGCACAUCCUAGAUCUGCUGCCCGAGAUCUUUCUGCUCGCCGACUCUCGUUUGGAGGCUGCGGCCACGAGACUGGAGGAGGUCCUCAAGCACAAGGGCAAGUUCGAUGAAGAGGUGAGCUCUCUUGUGGCCAUGCUGGACGAGUUGCUCGCCGAGAAGCAAGCAAUCAAUCAGAGCCAGCAGCACGCCCAACGCUCACCGACGCAUCGCAAGGAGACCAUGAAAGAGCUGAUUGGACAGCGUGUCGAGCAGCUCAGGGCUAGACGCCUGCAGGAAAUCGAGGACACCAUCCGCGUCAUCGAAGCCGAACUGAACAAACUCACCGGCAGCGCCGACCGCAUCUCCCCGUUGCCGUUCAACUCCAAGCAAUACCGAAGCGAGCUCUUGGGAGGCGAUGGCGACGACGAGGAAGAAGAGCAGUUUUCGCUCAAGCCCAAGAAGCUGAAGAAGCGGCCCGACAAGCUUCCACGCACCAAGGAAACCGAAAACGAAUACUCCAUGUCCCUCGCCACUGCGUGCCAGAUACUACACGCUGCUGGCGUUGACUCCAAUACUGUGCUCGUGUUCCUCAGUCCGUCGGAUGGCACGUUGCAGUUUGUCGCCUCGUCGCUCUUUGGUGCCCAAAGAUCGGUGAGCUGCUACAACGUUGCGACUAAAAAGGCGGCGCAAGUGCGAGUUAAAGGUCUGCGCGAUCUGAGCUUGACGCACACCCGUCGAGUGGUCGAACAGGUCCUGGCGCGUCUGUGUCCCGAGGUCAAGCGGCGCCGCGGGCGAAGAAAGGCUUGCGAGGCCGGAACUGCGGACAUCGAGCACUCGGACGAACAACAACAACACACCGAUUGGAACGAGGUGGCGCAUCAACUCGAGCGCGAGAUCGCUCUGCCUCUCGACCCUCCGACAGCCGAACAAGAAGGCCAACUGCCAGAGAUGCUGCACACCCUGCAGGCCAGCACGACAGCCAAGGCGCGGGAACUGGUGAUCACCAAGAUCACCAAGCACCUUCAGCAGCGCGCUGAGGGCAACCUCUUCUCGUCGAUGAUCUACAACAAAGCCAGCGUGGACCGCCUCCUUGACCUUUGCCGCGAUUUGCUGGAGGACACAGCCGGCUCAACGCUCGUGGGCAUGCCAGUAUCGUCUCCAACGUCGCUCUUCGUCGCGCUCUCAGCCAGCUCCCUGUGGGACCUGCGCUUCUCCAAGGACAGGCACAAGCGCGAGACCUUUCAGCGCAUCAUCCACUUGGGCGAGACGCACCCGGCCCGAUUCAAGCUGGUGGUGCACAACGCGCUGGACCCUCGUGAGUACCUCCACGACAUCCACGGCUUCAUUCCCUGGCGACUGGAGGCGAGAGGCAGAGUCUACGAACGCGACUUCGCUCCAACUUGCGGCAGCGGAGGCUCUCAGGAGCUGGCACGCAUCGAUCAGCUCUACCUCGGCACGGUGCAACGGGGGGAGGCACACAUCGAGGCCCUCGUCAAAGAGCACUUCACGCCGGGUUUGGUUCGCGACUACUAUGUCUUCUAUCCCAACUCCCGCGCACCCAUCGCACCAUUCCAUUACGGCUUCCAUUCCCUGCAGCUGUUGCCGGGUGUCCGCAACACGAGCCCUGCCCUGCCCGCAAGCUUGGCGCCUGCUGACGAGGGCAAGGGGAAGGAGAAGGCAGAGACCGACAGCAUGGAGGAGGGAAGAGGAGACGAAUCGCCGCCGGGCGAAGGCCGAGCGUGGCUGUACUACUGCAAGGGCAAGAUCGACUACGCCAAGGGCCUUCGUGGAACGGCGGUGCUCGCACUCUGGGAGCGCAAACCCGGGGAGGCGGAGUCGGGCAGCCGCCGACUGUGCGAGCGAUCCCUUCGCGAGUGGGUGCAGUCCAAGGGACUCGACGCCGGGCAAGUGGCGCAGCUCCUGGUCGAGAGCCUCCUCGCGGAGAGCGCCGCCGAACCGUGGUGGUCGGCCCUGCUUCGAAGCUACGAGGGCCUCUUCCUGAUUAGCGAUCACCCGGGGAGGGUCACGGUCAUCUGCUCCCCAGCCUACACCGGCGGCCUUCGCUUCUACACGAGCGACCCAGCCAAUGCGAGCGCCGCCAGCCCGCCGGACGCCCUGAGCGCCCAGGCCCAGAGUUCUUGGGAGAUGAACUUCCCCUACCAGCAGACCACCUUGCCUGUCGGUCGUCCGCAGCCCCAGCUCGUGGUGCGGGAGCACCAACAGCCCGCUCAGGGCGGCAUGUUCAAGUACGCGAUCCUGGGCAACGCGACAUUCUGGUCUCUUGGAGGAAACCAGGCCGACGGUCUGGUCGGCCAUCUUCGAUCAACGGUGGAGGAGCGCAUCGAAAGCAGUCCCGACGACUUCGUGGUGGACGCUCAGACCGGACCGCUGGCACGCAGCGCACUCCGGGCCGAGCUGGAGCGUGACACCCUGCAGGCCAAGCAACCGGACCGGCUGAUCUCCACCGUCGAGCAGUGGGCCAACAGCAACCGCCUGCUCGCGCUCGACCCUGUCAACCCACAGAGCGAGGACGAAGUCGUGUGCGCCACGCUCAUGAACAUCAGCCUCGAGGAGCCGGCCAACUGGUGCUAUUGGGAAGAGACCCUGGAGCUCCCGCGUGCCGCCGACGGUCGACCACUGCCGCACCCCAACUGGGCCAAGCUCACCUGCCCCGCCUCCGUACCGCGUGCCUACCUCCCUGCCGCCGCACCUUCUGCCACGGGCGAUCAGGGGAUGGAGCUCGAGACCGCCGCAGCCUACACCACCGUGCUCAACUCGAUGGACAAGCCCCUCCUCCACGAAGAACCCCUGUGA